UAAAUUAAUCGGGGAUUUAUAUUCAGUAGAUCGUAGAGCGCGCGUUGUGAAGCACGCGUGUUGUCUACUGGCUGCUGUAGCAGUGUAAUAAUACGCGCGGGAAAAAUGACAUACAGAUUUCAAAAGUUCGCCUAAAAGUUUAUUUUUUCAUCAAUUACAACGGAGCAAUAAUUGUGGAAUGUAUGCAAUUAAAGUAUAUUAAGUACUAAGUUGGCAGUGGAUUUUUUUAUUUUAAAAGAAAAGUGAGUACGCCAAAAUGUGGCGUGCAUUGCUACUCUGCCUGGUGUUUCACCUUUGCCACGGGAAACCCAACCGAGUUGUGGACGUGACCACCUCCUGCGACAAAAGCUCCAUUAGUGUCCACGUCACAAUGGACCAGCCUUUCAAGGGUCUGAUAUUUAGCAAAGACUUUUCCAGAGAAUGUCGGGUACAAGGGCAAAGACAGAAAAUCGUGUCCAUCAAUCUACCGUCUAACGCAUGCGGAGUGAGGACGUCCACAUUGAAUACCACUGUCAAAGAGCCAGACGAUAGAGAAGAUCUUUAUUACAAUGUGGAACUAGUUGUGCAGAUGGACAGACAGUUACAGCAGUCUACUGACCAAGAAAUUAUCGUAAGAUGUAAGUUACAGCCGCGUGCAGUGAGAAUUACCAGUUCAGCGUUAGAACGUGUCAUAAAAUCUAAAUUACGUGAAAUGACCGCUUCUGAUGGGAAAAAAGCAAGAACGGGCCGCAACCGGCAAGGUUGGGAGAAUCCCAUUGAGAUAGAACAAAGGGAAUGGCUGCUGGAAUCGGCUCGAGCGUGGAUGGAGUUAGCUCCAACUGUCGCCGGCUCUGAGCCAGCUACAGUGGAAGUUGGUCAGCCCACCAGACUCAUGAUACAAUGCACUUUACCUGUUGGUGUCGGUCUUCGGAUAACCAAUUGCGUGGCGCACGACGGCUUAGGAGAAGCAUCGCAGAAACUUCUAGAUGAAGCAGGUUGUCCGAUAGACGAGACAAUCUUCAACAAACCAUCCAUACACAAACACAAUCACCACAGCACCGAAGUAGACUUUAGCGAUCUUGAACCAGCCGACACUCAAAGAAACAUGGAAGAGAACAAAAAUCUAAAAAUGGCGAAAACUGAUCCAGAGCACGUUCUGAAAAACUUUAUGACGUACCAACACGCGGUGACUACAUUCGCAGCUUUCAAGUUUCCGGAUCGAGCCAAACUACACUUAUCUUGUGGUAUCGAAUUGUGUAAAGGCCCAUGCCCUACUAUCGAUUGUAAGGCGUUGCAAAAACCACAACGUACGAAAGAGGGUUUAGUGAGAAAAGCAAGGUUGGACAAGGAGGCUAAGGGAUUGGUUAUAGAUAGGCUGGAAGUCUAUAACAGUAUAGAGGUUCUGGCACCAAAUAUUGAACUAGAAGAUGAAGCUUCUAUAAGAGGUUCAAGGAGAGUUGAAAGCGAAGAAGAAUUAGUCCGAAAAUUUUCUCCAGGAGACAAAACAAUAUGUCUAUCGCCAGGCAAAUUGGCUCUAGCGUUUUGUGUAUUAGGCAUCAUUUUUCUAUGUGCAAUAGCGAUAGCCUUUGCGUCCUUGGUGCGAGCGAGGCGGCGUACUGGUCGCGAACCUCCGCAUACUUCUCUCUCGUUCUACACGGGCAGCAAAAGUUUAUUUUCGUCUAGCGAAAGUUCUAGCUCUGGUCUUAGUGGAAGUAAAUUACUUUUAACAGAUAGUCCUUACAUGGAUCAUCAUUCAUCAUCUAGUAACAAUUGGCCAUAUCCUCGACCGUUUUAGUCGAGCGUAACUUCUAGAAAAUUCCCUCCUAUAGUGGGAGGAAACUUUAUAUAAUUUUACAUAACCCGAUUUAUGUAAAUUUUAUAAGACAAGCAUAUCAAUUUUUAAAUAUUAUAUCAUUUGUAGGCUAUUUUGGCUACCUGAAAAUGCUUAGUUAUGAUAUAAAAUCAAUACAUAUUAUUUUUACCUAAAUGAACUUGCAAUUAAGAGGCUUGAAACUUAAUGAAGGAAACAGGUUUUUAAUAAUUUAUUGUAAUUUUUUUAGUUAUGCAAACAAUACAAGACUGUUAUUAGAAUUUAUUUUAUUUAUAUAUCGUUUAUUUAUACUUUACAAUUUUUCAUAUUUAAAUAAUCUUAAGUUAUUCGGUUUUGAGGGAGAGCUUUUGUAAGUUGGGCUAAGGUAAACCUAAGGUAACCUAAACCGACUGAUAAUAACGGGAGUGGUAUAGAUAAUAAGCGUAAUAUAAUAAUUAUUAAAAUAGCAUAAGUUAUUAGUAACUAUAAUAGUGAUUCAUUUGACAUUAGCUCUUCCUCGAUUUUAUUUAUAUUUAAGAAAAUGUUUAU